AUGUCCUCACCCUUUGCGACGCAGUACGUCACUGGCAUUUAUCUGCCCUCGGCCGUCUUGCUGAUUGGAACCGCUGCAUUCAAAAGUGAAUGGCUUCCAUACGCUCUUGCUCUGACAGCCAUCCUUUCUGGAGCCGUCAUCUUCAGCAGUCAAAGCGGUGGCCGGAAGGUACUGAAGCCUGAUGCUUUCCAGGAGUUCGAGCUUGGAGAGAAGACUGUCCUCUCUCACAACACGGCCAUUUACCGUUUCAAGCUUCCUAAGGAGAACGACAUCCUUGGUCUCCCCAUCGGCCAGCACAUCUCUCUCGCCGCUAACAUCGAAGGCCAACCCAAGGAGGUCGUCCGCUCGUACACACCGACCUCAUCCGACAACGAUAAGGGCUUCUUUGACCUUUUGAUCAAGUCCUAUCCCACCGGUAACAUCUCGAAGUAUGUCGCAAAUCUCAAGAUUGGCGACAAGAUGAAGGUCAAGGGCCCCAAGGGCGCUAUGGUCUACACACCCAACAUGGUCAGGCACUUUGGUAUGAUUUCCGGCGGAACCGGUAUCACACCCAUGCUGCAGGUUGUCAAGGCCAUCCACCGCGGCCGCGCCGCCGGCGACAAGACCGAGGUCGAUCUUAUCUUCGCGAACGUCAACCCCGAAGACAUCCUGCUCAAGGACGACCUCGAUGCGCUCGCAGCCAAGGACCCUAAGUUCCGCGUACACUACGUUCUGAACAACCCACCUCAGGGCUGGAAAGGAGGUGUUGGCUUUGUCACCGCCGACAUGAUCAAGGAGAAGCUCCCUGCGCCCGCUAGCGAUGUCAAGAUCUUGAUCUGUGGUCCUCCACCUAUGGUCGCUGCUAUGAAGAAGGCGACUGAGGGUCUGGGCUUCACGAAGGCCAGGCCUGUCAGCAAGCUUGAGGACCAGGUUUUCUGCUUCUGA